CAUGUUUACAUCUCUGAGGUCUGUUAUUAUUUUGAUUUUUUCCAAAUUUAAAAUGUGCAGUGUAAAACUUUAUAUUGAAUUUUUUUCAAUUUUGGAUCCAGGAACAUAAUUUUGGAGUAAAUGAAAUUGUAAUAGGUGUGACGGAAAUCUUUCAAAAUAACUAAGAGAAUUUUUUGUUGAAAAUAUCAAUCUUCAGAAUGGACAGGAGCCCUAUAAAAAAAAGAAAGAUGUCUUUUGCCAAUGAUCGAUUGAAGAAAUUGAGAACAUCCAUAAAUAAUGACGUAUCAUCGUUAUCCCCAAAUACAUCAAAUAAAGUAUUCACUCCAACAUUGGUAAAAAGCAGUCUAACAAACAAUUCAAAAGAAUUUCAAGAAGGAAAAAAACAAAUUAUAAAUUAUAAUGAUCAUUCAUCAUCAUUAUCCCCGAAUAAAUCGAACACAGUGUUCACUCCAUCAUCUGUCAAAAAUAGUCUGCCAAACAAUACAAAGGGUUUUCAAGAAAGGAAAAAACUAAUACCUACCAGGAAACUUAAAAACCAAAGCAGUGGAAGUAAUUCGAUUAAUAUAAAUAAACAAAAUCACCAACUUUCUGUGAAAAAUGAUAUUGAUGAAUCAGAGUUAUUUGGUAGUACUCCCAAGCGUAGAAAAAUAGAUGCGACUGUGUCUAAUUCAAGUACAUCUAUCAAACUUUGCGAUAAUCCCAUUCCACAAAAAAAUAAUUUUGACGUCAAAAGUAAAAAAAAUGUUGAACAGUUACCAAAAAUAUCUACUAUUACCGUCCUUGACCAAACCCCAAAGAGACUUAUAGAAAAUGUUAAAAACAUAAAUAAAAACUCAGCAAAUUCACGAAUAGCCAAAAUAAAGAGUAAUUUAGGGACAAACUUUUCAGCUAUCAGUUCAAAUAAAACAAAAUUUGAGUAUCAACAUACUUCAGAUGUUACAACACAGCCAGAGAAUAUAAAAAAUACUUGUUCAUCAGUUGAUUCGAAGAAAGGUAAUGCAAGUAUUGGCGAAGCUCUGAAUACGUUAUUUAACAAAUUAUUCCGUUGUCAAAAUGAUUCAGACAACAAUAAAGUAGAAUGUGCUGAAAAUAAUGAUUCAAUGGAAUGGGAACCUGACGAAGAAUUUGAUCCGAAUAUAUUGGAGAAUGAAGUAGAAAGAAAAUCAAAGCGAACAAUUUAUAUAAUUGUGGACACAAAUAUUUUCUUGGACAGUUUGAAUUUUCUCAGAGAAAUCGUUAACGAUGGAUCAAAAGGAGGAAUUGAACCUGUAAUAUAUGUACCCUGGAUGGUUUUCAACGAACUGGAUGAUAUUAAAGAUAACAAAUUAAGUGGUUUGAAAUUUGCGGCAAGAAGGGCCAUUGAGUUUAUAAAUAAGAUGCUCACAACGGAUAAAGAAAAACUAAUAGGUCAAAGUAUUUUCGAAGCAACUCAACAAAUGUACGUAGGUAAAUCUCCUGAUAAUAAAAUCGCUUCAUGUUGCCAUCAAGUUAAAGCGAAAGGUUAUAAUGCUAUACUCCUUACGAACGACAAAAACCUAAGAAAUAGAUUAAACGCAGAUAACUUUCCGAGUUAUUCCUGUGAUGGUAUUUUGACAAAUUUGGAUGAUAUAUCACCGCUUCAAACAAAAUCGGCCAAAAAUGAUAAAAUUGAAACGUUGAUGUGUGUAAUGAAAAAAUGUUGUGAAAAUAUUAUUAUAGAUUGCUGUGCAGAGGAAUAUGGCAACGUUUGGAAUAAACUGGCCUUGCUUGAUACCCAACCUUGGGAUUUUCACAUGUGUUUGAAAAUAUUCCAGAAAUAUUGGUCUGCCGUGUUCAGGGAUAAGCUUCUGAAGCAAUUCCUGAACGUUGUGGAAAAGAUGAUCCCAGUAAUGCAAAAAUCAGAUUCCCUCAACAAUCCUACAAUGUUUAAAACCUUUGCUGAAAAUUGUUUAUCUCUUUGUUUCUUUUUUAUGGACUUGCAGCAAUUUAAGGAUCUUGUCCAGGAAACAACAGGAAAGGUCAAUUCAUUGAUGAGCCAGAACCCUUGAUUGAUUUUUAAAAUCGUACACCAUCAGCAUUUAAUUACUUUGGAACUUUUGAAAAAAUUGUACAGUAUUGUUUUGGUGUUAUUUUUUUAUUAUGUAAAUAUGCUUGACGUUUGAGAUUGUAAAAACUUUGGUCAAGUGUUAUCACAAGUGAUUAAUUCGAAGAAAAAUGUGAUAAUAUAUUUUUGCAUGCUGUUUUGUUGAGGAAAAUAUAGAAUAAUUCAGA